AUGCAGGAACUUCCUGCACGUGACCCACCAAUACUAUAUAAACCAUUAAAACCAAAAGAUUUUUUUGAAAAGUAUCGUGAUGAUAUCACCAGCAGAGUUUAUAAAGUUUGGCCUAAAGUACAAAAAGACUUUACAUUAGAACCAUUUCAAUCAUCUUUUCGUUACUAUGACUAUGGUGGUCAAUAUCUUUUUAUGUGUGAUUUACCUGACGGACGACCAACAUAUAUAACAGUUACUGAAUCAUUUGAAGUGGAAGAUGGAGAACUAGCUAAUGAUGACGAAGAACGACGACGACGACUAUGUAUCAGCGUCAGCUGA